CCACAAUUCAUUUCGUUUCAAAGUCGGAGGUGAUGUCAUCUUCGUAAACCCAACUAAUAUUUAUAGAAGUGCACUCAUUGUAGUAAUUUUUCGUUAGUUUCAUGCGGAAUUACACCCCUAUUAUGUGCAGGUCCAUCCGUUGAGAGACCCUUUCGUGAAAACAGGUUCGUGAAAACUGCUAAUCCAAGUAGAAUUUUGCCAGUAAGCGAAAAUGGAUAGUGAUGAUGGUUUUAUGGACUAUGAUGAACAGUCAGGGGAUGAGGAAAUUAGUGAAGAGGACGACGACUUCGUGGAAAUGGGCCUCGAAGCUGAACCAAGUACAACACAGGACAAACGAGAGGCAGAAGAAUUUGCGUAUGAAGUACUGCCAGCUGAUCAAAUAGUACAGUUUAUGGUGGAUUGUAUAAAAGAAGUCAAUGCUGUAGUACAGAUUCCAUCAACAAUUACAAGAAUUUUACUGAAUCAUUUUAAAUGGGAUAAAGAGAAGUUAAUGGAGCGGUAUUAUGACGGUGAUCAGGACCGUUUAUUUUCUGAAGCUCAUGUUGUAAGCCCCCAUCGAAGACCAGAUAUGGGAGCAAGACCGAAGAAAAUGACCAGAUCUGCCACUGCAGCAGCCACCACAGAGGCAAUGUGUGAAAUUUGCUGCAUGCCAGUUCCUGGAGUGGAAAUGACAGGUUUAGAAUGUGGACACAAAUUUUGUGUUCCCUGCUGGACAGAUUACCUCACCUCCAAAAUCAUGAAUGAGGGAAUGGGUCAGACCAUUUCAUGUGCAGCAUUCGGUUGUGAUAUACUAGUAGAUGAUGCUACAGUUAUGAAGCUAGUAACAGAUAGGAAAGUUAAAUUAAAGUACCAGCAAUUAAUUACCAAUAGUUUUGUUGAGUGUAACCGGCUGCUUAGAUGGUGCCCUGCUCCCGAUUGUGGUCAUGCCAUUAAAGUUCAGUACUUUGACGCCAAACCAGUCACCUGCAAAUGUGGUCAUAUCUUUUGUUUUGCGUGUGGAGAAAACUGGCACGAUCCAGUUCAGUGCAAGUGGCUGAGGAAAUGGAUCAAAAAAUGUGAUGAUGACAGUGAAACCUCCAACUGGAUUGCUGCCAAUACUAAAGAAUGUCCCAAAUGCCAUGUAACUAUUGAAAAAGAUGGAGGCUGUAAUCACAUGGUAUGCAAAAACCAGAACUGCAAGGCUGACUUCUGUUGGGUGUGUUUAGGACCCUGGGAACCUCAUGGAUCCUCAUGGUACAACUGUAACAGAUAUGAUGAGGAUGAGGCUAAAAAAGCUCGAGACAACCAGGAGAAAUCUAGAUCUGCCCUGCAACGAUAUUUGUUUUACUGCAACAGAUACAUGAAUCACAUGCAGAGUCUGAAAUUUGAAAACAAAUUAUAUGCUUCUGUGAAGCUGAAGAUGGAAGAGAUGCAGCAGCACAUGUCUUGGAUUGAAGUUCAGUUUCUGAAGAAAGCAGUCGAUGUUUUGUGUCUAUGUCGACAAACACUUAUGUUUACUUAUGUGUUUGCUUUUUAUCUGAAGAAAAAUAACCAGUCUAUCAUAUUUGAGGACAACCAAAAGGAUUUGGAGAAUGCCACAGAGCAACUGUCUGAGUACUUGGAGAGAGACAUCACCUGUGAUAUGCUAAAUGACAUCAAGCAGAAGGUUCAAGACAAAUAUAGAUAUUGUGAAAGUAGAAGAAAUGUUUUAUUGGACCAUGUACAUGAAGGAUAUGAAAAAGAUUUAUGGGAAUACUACAAUGAUUAUUAGCUAAUUCUUAAAAAGACAUCUAGAUAUACAUGUUUCAUGGCAAUUAUGAAACGGAUUGGAGUGUUGUACAAAUGAUCCUAAUCUAAUGAGCAUUGACACCAAAAAAUUUCUGUUGGACUUUUAGUAGUCGUGGAAGAUUUACUUGUUUAAUUGUUGGGAGUACAAGGUAAAUUUUGAAGGUUUUCGAUGUGUAAAAAUCCAGUGGAUGUCAGGUUGGAAAUUGUUGAUGAGAACAAACUGUGUUUUAUUGCAGAAGCAUCAAAAGAAGAUGCAGAAAAAAAAUUAACUUCUUUUGUUUUUAAUUUAAAAAUGUCUUGUCCUGUGUUGAAAAUAACCCUUAGGUCAGUUAGAAAUUGUUACAGAAAAUCAGAAUCUACAUGUAUUAUGAAAACAAAACAUACAUCAGACAUUUCACAUGUCAAUUUUAUGAAAACAGUAUUUACACACACACUUUACAAUUGAUGGGAGACUUUAUGUCAAUGAGAUAUUUGCAUAGUCAUUUUUUUAUUUCAUUUUUUUUUUUCUGCUUAAAUGUGUCCAAUGCUUCUGAUAUUGUGAGAACAUGAUUUGUUAUCACAUGUAUUUAUUUAUUAUUUUAAAUCCACAUGCAUCCAUUUCUAAUUGCUGUUCAUGAAGUGUUCCAUAUUGGAUAUGCUUUUAAAUGGUUAUAUUUUUUUCAAGUGCUGUAAUAAUUGUAGAAAUAGAAUCUUUCAAUGAAUACAAAAAUGUUGAACACAUAGUACUCUAAUUUUUUAAGAAGAAAAUGUCUAUCUCUCUCUUUACUAUCAAGUCUGUUGAAUUAGAUUUAGAUAUGAAAAAAUUGCGUGAAGGGAAAACUUAGUAAUAUUUUGUUGUCUUUGUGUUAUUGACACUACUAAAAGUAAAACUUGAUCUGUGGAACGCAUUUACAUCCCCACCAGUACAUCAUUGCCAAGAUUUCAUUUGGAAUGUAUGUCAAGUAUCAAGUAUUUUUUAACAGCUUACAUGCAUUGGCUAGAAUAAUUGAAUGAAUGUGCUUAUUUUUUUAUUACAUGUGCAGACAAUUUUCCCUCUACAUAUCACCAGAAUAAAGUGCUAAUAAUUUUAAACACCUUGCAGUUAACACACUGCAGUUCUUUGUAUUAUUCAUGAGUAUAUGUAUUUGUGUUGACAUACAUUUAUGUUUGUGGUUUUGAAAGCAUACACAUGUACAAAGAAUGUAAUGAUGAAUAAAAUAUGGUUUGCUUUUGUUACAGUAAAAAGAUAUGUAGGGUAAUUGUGAUACAAUGUUUACUUAUUAAAAUAUUGAAAUCUU